AUGCUCAAUCGCAGCGUCAUUGACGAAAGGGCGAUAUAUACAAAGCGAGCCCAGGACUAUACUGAAUUAGUCAAACAGUUCACCGAUCCUGAGCUUCGCGAUGUGGGGAAUUAUCGCAUAGGAGACGAAAUAGGAGCUGGCGCGUUUGGUAAGGUGUAUCUUGCGUAUCACAAGUUUUUAAGGGUCAAGGUUGUUUUGAAGAAAGGCGAACGCAUCAUUCCUUCAGGCUGUAAUGACAACCUUAUGCGUGAGUACUAUUACAUGAAAGAGUUUUCUGCUCACCCGAACGUUACGAAGAUGUAUGAGCUCAUUUUGACAGAAACAAAUGCUUAUAUGGUACUGGAGUACUAUCCGGAAGGCGACUUGUUUGAGUAUCUGACCCGGCACAAAAGAAUCUCUUUAGAUGAGAGCUUGAGGAUCUUUGUUCAGCUGGCCUCGGCCGUUUUUUACAUGCACCGCAAUGGAUGUUGUCAUCGAGACCUGAAAUUGGAAAACGUUUUACUCGACAAAAAGCAUAACGUCAAACUAUCGGACUUUGGAUUUGCGCGCGAAUGCUCUUUAGUCCAGCAUGGAUCCAGAGGUCUCCUCACGGAAAUAUGUGGCACCAGUGCAUACAUGGCUCCGGAGCUGCUCAAAAAACAGCCAUACUCGGGAAUAAAGACGGACAUUUGGGCGCUGGGAGUGAUAUUGUACACACUAGUAUCGGGCGAGAUGCCGUUUGAUGACUCCCUCUCAGAAGACGAUCUUGUUAGCGCGAUUUUGGAACAAGAGCCGUCCUAUAAUGACCAGCUAUUCGGAUCAGAUCUCGUACAACUAGUGAAGUCGAUGCUCACGAAAAACCCGGACAAACGAGUUUCCUCUUUGGAGGAGAUUUUGCGCUCAAAUCUAUUACAACCAUAUGGGGCGCAGAGGCAGCUGGAGCUGAUCAACAAGCUAAUUUUUCACCACGAUUCCCCUCCAGAAUAUACACACAGUGACAAAUAUAUGUUGAAGGAGCUAGCCAGUAUUGGCUUUGACAAAGAGUCUUUCAAACGCUCAUUCUACGACGAGCAGAUGGACCCCAUCAACGGAUUUUGGCAGCUGUUAAAAGAGAAGAACCGCCGCAAAAGCCGCAGCAAACGCUUAAAGAAUCGAAGCAAAAGCAUGCUCAGACUCUCAACGCCAAAACCCUUUGCAGAACCCAAACUCACUUCGACUCCAGAAAAGGUGCCUCCUCCUGCCACAAAACUUGAUUCUGAGCCUGUUUCCACGCUCACAAGUCAGACGCUUACCAAUAAGCCAUCUAAUGGCGACUGUUUCCAAAAGUCACACCGAUCCAGUGCUUCUGAGCAGCUCAGUGUAACCAAGAGGAAUCAUACAUUUUCUUUGAAGAGACUCUUCGAAAAAAUUGGACGCCCGAAAGAUUCAGAUUCGGUUUUGAAACUCAAUACGGAGCCGUUGAACGAGCCGGCUAAAGAGCAGGUGUCCACACGGAGCAAACGUUCAGGAUCUCCCAAGUCGCAAUCUUCGAAACCUGUUUCCGCCAAUAUUGUUGUGAUAGAGCCCCAGAAAUCGACCCCAACACGAAGUGGGCCUACAAGUCCAGAGAACGUGACUAAAGCUGUUCGACCACAAUCGCUUAUUUCAUCAUAUUCCGUUCAGACCACUUACUCAGAAACGUCGAAUGGAUCUGGCUACGUGACCGGAAAUUCCACAGAUACUAAUCAAAACGCUACAGCCAGCACCUUCAUGAUGAACGGACAUUCUAUGUCACACGUCUCGACGUCUACGCCGUCUGCAAGACCGCAGUACUCCCGCGUCGCUAGCGACUGGUCGGUGAACUCGAAAAACGUUGCAUCGCAACCUGCUUCGCCGACCUCUUCAUUCACGACCCUGUCAAGAACCAAUUCUCUGGAAUCAUCUUCGCGCUCGGUGCGCGGAAGGCCAAAAAGACGCAAGGGAAGCGGUCUUUUUGGAAACUCCACGUCCAACAACUUUUUAACCAAACGUGGAAAGUCGCCAUUACAAUCGAAGCUCAACGCUAAAUGGAGCUUUGGUGGGGUCCAAAAGACAUCAAAGGAGAGUCGACGUGGGAACGAUACAAAGAACCGCCAGCAGGUUAUUGAGGAAGAGGCAGAGGACGAGGAUUCUCAAGCGGAGCUGCUAAAUGAAACAGAAUACGCAGACGGAGAGAUGGAAGAGGAGGAAGAACUAGGAGAAGUGGAUUCUGAGUUCGAAAGGUCCGAGGUCCAUGAUGUUGCGGAGCGAUUCGCCAAUUAUAAGAUCGACCAACCCGUGGCAUAG